AUGCAAGGGUUGCAAGGGAAGAUCAAGUUGGUUGCCAUUGACCUUCACAAUAAGCCCACCUGGUAUAAAGAGAAAGUUUACCCAGAAAACAGGGUGCCUUGUCUGGAGCAUAACAACGAAGUCCUUGGAGAGAGCCUAGAUUUGCUUAGGUAUUUAGAAAGCAACUUUGAAGGGCCUGCGCUUUUACCUAAUGAUCCUGCUAAGCAAGAAUUUGCCGAGGAGAUGAUCUCAUACACUGACACAAUGAGCAAAACCGUAUUUGCAUCAUUCAAAGGAGACCCAGUAAAGGAAGUUGAAGUCGGAAUUUCUUCAUCAGGUGGUACUUUCGAUCACUUGGAAGCUGCUCUUGGUAAAUUUGAUGAUGGACCUUUCUUCCUUGGCCAAUUCAGUAUGGUGGAUAUUGCUUAUGUUACACUUAUUGAGAGGUUUCAACUCUUCUUACAAGAUGUAUGGAAGUAUGACCUCACAGCAGGCAGGCCUAAACUAGCAGCUUGGCUUGAGGAGAUGAACAAGAUAAGCGCCUAUACACAGACCAAACAUGAGCCACAAAAGCUUAUUGAGCACUACAAGCACCGCUUUCUGAUAGAUAGCUGGCAUGUGUACUUGGGAAGUAGAGACAGACGUCUGAUGCUAACGUACCAGAACGGAUAG